AUGAUGAGGAAGUGGAAUCUGAGGCUGAAACUGAAAUGGAAGUGCACAAUGACGAAAUGGGAGAGGAGAACAUGGAAGAAAUUCACGACAUCUCCCCACAGCAACCUGGACCGGAACCUCAUGCACUGCCGCAGCAGUGUCUGCCGCAUCAACCGCAUUCCAGUCCGCGGCAGACGCAGCCUAGUCCGCGACAGCCACAUCCGAGUCCAAAUCUUCAUGAUCUCCAGCCGCAAUCAGUGCCGGAACAACCAGUUGCUCCCCAAAUCAGUGAGCCAGUCCUCCGAAGAAGNAAUAGGCUAA